CUGCUUCACUUGUGGUAUUUAAACACUUGUUAUUAUCCAUGACAUGUCAGCAGCUAUGUUAGUAAUAAUGACGCACGUCCAAGAACGUACUUAAAAGCUGCUUGAAGACAUUUCUCCACAACUUUCCUCAAGAGCUGCUUCAGGCAUAGGGUGUUCAAGGCAAAAUUGUCUGAGUAAUUACGGGACGAAAUGGUGCUUCCUAUAUUCGGCCAGGCACUGUUCUUUGCCAUCGCGACCGCGAUGGGCAUCUGGAUGACCACGUACGUCAAGGUUCAGAUAUUGCUACGUGGCGACUCUAUCCUCAUUCCCCAAAACCGGACUGUGCCGGACGAAUUUUAUGACGAGAAGUACGGAGAGCACUCGAACGUGACAAUUGGGAACAUUUCUUUCCACUAUGUGAAAAAAGGCUGCAAUGGAGAUGAUCGCACAAUGUUGCUUAUGUUGCAUGGUUUUCUUGAUUUUUGGUACAUAUGGAACAGGCUGAUACCGGAACUAAGCGACGAAUUCUGUGUGAUUGCGCCAGACUUACGUGGCUACGGGAACACGACGCGGCCAAAUGACACUGCCGAAUAUUUGAUGCGUUAUCUAAUCGAAGACGUCAAAGGAUUGGUGGAACACUUCAACCCUCAAAAAAAAAGAAAAGUUGUGCUCGUAGGUCACGACUGGGGUGGCAUGAUCAGCUUCUGCUUCGCCACAAUGUACGAGAAAUUGGUGAGCCAGAUGAUCAUCAUCAACGGAAUGCACCCCAGAGCUUUCAUGAAGCAGUUGUUUCGCAGUGCGAGACAAAUGAGGAUGUCCUGGUACCAGCUUCCCUUUCGACGUCCCGUUGUGCCCGAGCAAUAUCUAAUCAUGAAUGACUUGGCUUUCUUCGACAAAGUACACAAGGGCUUCACUCAGGACGAGGAAUACGCCCACAAGUACGUGUACUCGCAACCAGGAGCGCUGACUGGUACCAUCAACUACUAUCGAGCCUUCAACAACGACGGCAGCCAGCUCAGCAAAAUACCCUACCGCAAAAUCAACGUCUCCACACUCAUCCUAUGGGGAGAAAAGGAUGAGUUUAUCAUGACGCGCGUCGCAUUGUACAACCAGGAGUGGCUAAAGAACUCAGCGGCAAUUUACUACGAGGGAGCGGGCCAUUUUCCUUUGCGGGAAUGCUCCGCCCAAGUGACCAAUCGCAUCCGCGAAUUCGUGUUCAACGGCACAGUGUCAGUAGCCGAGGGCAGACGUUGGUGGCAGUGGCGGGGGCGCAGUAACAACCCCUGUCGGGAGUCCAGGAGACCCCGUGGUACAUGGAUACGUAGGAUUCCACCUUAUAUUCCUGACAACGUGAAACUUCCCAAAGAAAUGGCAGAAUAAACGUCCCUCAGCCUGGUCUCAAACACGUCUACGUCACAUUUUGCACCUGCAAGCUUUACAAGCAUGCUAUAAUAGCCUGCCAGAAAGGAUUACCGUGACUUCCUGGAAUUCACACAUGCAACACUCAAUGCUGCAAGAAUCAGGUCAAUAAACCUUUGUACGUUUGUGCUUUCAAA